ACCGGUAUGACAAUACUGACGUCACUUUACCCGUCAAGAAUGUCUACAUUAAUUGGGUUGUCAGAGACAUCAAUCGGGAUAGGUUUUAUGGUCGGACCCGCUUUAGGGGGUGCUUUAUACCAGGCUGGUGGUUUCAUGGUCCCCUUUUUCGUGGUAGGGGUGUGUAUGUUAAUUAGUGCUUUUCCUCCCAUGUGUUUGAUUCCGAAACAAUUAAAAUCUGCAGAUCAAGUACUGGAAAAGUCGCCGUCGAUAUGGCGCUUACUGACGAGGCCAGCCAUUCUUAUGUCCUGCCUAUCUUUUGCGUUGGCGUCGCUUAUCAUAACCUUUCAGAAUCCUGUACUGGGGAAGCACCUCGAACAGUUCCACCUCGGCACGGCGCUUCAGGGUCUCGUCUUCAUCAUUGUCCCCAGUUCUUACACAAUAGCUGCACCGCUCAUGGGAAUUCUUAUAGAUAAGUGGAAAUGCGGGAGGACCUGUACUGUGGUCGGAACCUUUGUUAUGUCGGCGUUGUAUCUUAUACUGGGCCCCUGUCCCAUAUUCCACAUGCACCCAGAGUUAUGGAUGUCGGCAGUACCUCUUCUUACCAGUGGGUUGGCGCUCGCCUCUACCAGUAUUCCUGGUUUCACACUGAUACUGGAGGAUGCAAUAAAAGUAGGUUUCCCCGACUCUAUGGGAACGAAGGGUAUAGUCUCUGGAAUAGUUUUGUUUUCAAUGAACUUUGGCGCAUUUGUUGGGCCGAUGAGUGCAGGAAAUCUGGUUGAUGCUGUGGGGUACGCCUGGGCAUGUUCCGUCGUCUCCCUGGUAGCAUUUGUAGUUGCGAUUACUAUUAGCAUAACGUAUGCCGUUUUGCAUUAUCAACAACGCUCCCUUUCGGAGACGGAAACACCUUUUCUCGCGGACGACAAGAAUGACAAACUGAAUGAAUCGAGUCACAUAUUGAUGAGAAAGAUCCCAACGUAUUCAUCGCAUUCUAGUGAUAAGCUGUUAUCAUCGCCUUCUAGUGAUUAGCCGUCAUUAUCACCAUCUAGUCAUUAGCCGUCAAUAUUGCAGUUCUGCAAUGCGUGAUGCACAAAAUAGACAGGAACCUUUGCCAUGGACACGAGAUUACACAGGCACGUCUCAACUCUUGAGAAUCAAUUCCCUAGAUUGCCACGAAUCGGACAUUUAAACGUGCUGAUGUAAUUAAGGGUGACUUUGAUCUCCUGCUCUCCUCAGUCAGAUGGACAGCUACACAAACCUAAAAUCCCGGACAGUUAUACCAGGUUCUGGCCUUCCCUCAAAUGGAUGUUCCUUUUCGCUACGUUGUGCGCCUUGUCCCCAAU